CUCCUUAUUAUUAACCAACUAAUUCCCUUCUUCAAACUCCACAACAUGGCAUUAUCUUCUCUUCCUCCCCACCCUCUAAUUUUCGAUGCAUCUCUUCUUCAACACCAAUCAACCAUACCCCCUCACUUCAUCUGGCCCGAACACGAAAAACCGAUCCUCGACUCGCCCGAGCUUCUGAUCCCUCCCAUCGACUUAGCUCGCUUCCUCUCGGGAGACCCUUUAGCUAUAUUAGAAGCAACCGAGCUAGUUAACGUGGCAUGCAAGAAACACGGGUUCUUCUUAGUUGUUAAUCAUGGAGUUGAUCCUGAGCUUAUAGGUAAAGCUCAUGAGUUUAUGGAUAUGUUCUUUAGCAUGCCGCUAGCUGAAAAGCAAAGAGCACAGAGAAAAAUUGGUGAGCUCUGUGGGUAUGCGAGUAGUUUCACUGGCAGAUUUUCUUCGAAACUUCCAUGGAAGGAAACGCUUUCUUUUCGAUAUUGUGCUGACGACAAAUUCUCCAACAUUGUCGGAGAAUAUUUCUUGAACGUCAUGGGAGAAGAAUUCAAACAAUAUGGCAAUGUUUACCAAGAAUACUGUGAAGCCAUGAGCGGGCUCUCCCAUGGGAUUAUGGAGCUUCUGGGGUUAACUCUGGGAGUGGGGAGAGAUCAUUUUAGAGAGUUUUUCGAAGGAAAUGACUCCAUAAUGAGAUUGAAUCAUUAUCCUCCUUGCCAAAAACCCAACUUAACUCUCGGAACUGGUCCUCACUGUGACCCGACUUCCCUAACAAUCCUUCAUCAAGAUCAUGUCGGUGGUCUCCAAGUGUUUGUCGACGACAAAUGGCGUUCCGUUCGCCCUGAUCCUCGAGCUUUUGUCGUCAAUAUCGGCGACACUUUCAUGGCACUAUCAAAUGGAAUAUUCAAGAGUUGCUUACACAGAGCAGUGGUAAAUAACACAACAGUAAGAAGAUCACUAGCAUUUUUUCUAUGUCCAAACAUGGAGAAAGUGGUGAAGCCACCAAAUAAUUUGGUAGACUCAGAAAAUCCAAGGAAGUACCCAGAUUUCACAUGGUCAGCUCUACUAGAGUUCACUCAGAAACAUUACAGAGCCGACAUGAAAACCCUAGAUGUCUUCACAACGUGGCUGCAACAGAAACAAACAGCUGAUGAAAAUGAAAGCAACAUUAAUGGAUGAUUAUGGAAUAAAGGCAACAGAAACACCAAAAAUAAGGCCAGCUGGUUUGGGUUUAGGUGUUUAGUGUUGGAGAGAAUCAUAUCUAAUGCUAUCUAUAAGAGAAGCUAAUUAAUUGCAUGCAGGAAUAAUAUAUGUUUAUAUUUUCUUUUGUUCUAAAAAAAAUAUAGAUAUCUAUGUACUUUUUUGUCUUUUGCCACCAACUGAUUCUGUUUUAUUUUCAUGUAUAAAUCAAUCAAAUGAUAUUUAAUUUCCUA